AUGAAACCCGCUAGGGUGCGGCGCAAGAAGCGUCGGAAAGGAGAGGAGGACACCGAGCAGUUACCUGCGAAAGGACCAGGGUUUCAUUGGUACAUCUUCAGUCUGAGCAUCCUCCUGGUCACCGCGUUUUCCUUUCUCAAUUUCUUAUCCCUUCCAGAUGCUCGAGCUCAUUCCUUGCUGAGUGCCGUCCUGCUGAAACGCCGAGCCGCCAUAUCAGGGGACCCGCACUCAGAUCCAGCAUUCCAUGGGAUAAAUGAUGAGGAGAGGAUCGCCUUGCUCAAGGCUGCAGAGGAGGCAUUGCAAGCACCUUUGCCUGUGGUGCAGGCUGACCAGGGGCAUGAGCAUGCUGCGCUUCGUGGCGGCCAAAAGCCAUUUGCCACCUCAGCUCCAGGGCCUCCAGCUCCUCCAGAGAAGAGUGCGGCGAACAUGGCGCUGCAGGCAGUGGAUUCCUUGCGUGCAAGAUCCAAGGCCGUUUUCUCCGCCAUCUCUAUACCUUUGCAGCUGGGCUCUGGUGGAGGCAUUGCGACCUUCUCUGGUGAGAGCUGGCUGCAGCUUGAUGAAGCCGUGGAUGCUGAUGAGCUCACCUUCGGUGCAUGGAUCUAUGUGCCACAGAUCCCAGAAAUGUCUUUUCCGCUGGCAUCGGAGUCGAUGAAGACCAUUGCAUCGACCAAAGUCAGUGGUUGCUCCACCACUAACAAAGGCUGGGCUCUCUUUAUGCAUGAGUGGUCAACCACCAAUCGACAGUUGCGACUGUCUUGGACCGACUCCGUCAGCGGCUGCAACGAGAUCUACUCUGAGAGCACUUUGGUGCCCUAUGAUAAAUGGGUCAUGGUCGGAUUCUCUCUAUCCAAGGCCCGAAACCGUGCCAGCAUCAUGUUGGACAAGCAGCUGAUCGUUGACACUCAGCUGGGCCUGGGCAAGUACUCCCGCCAGCAGCAGACCAUGGGAAUCCAGCAGGCCGGCAUCGACCAGCGGAUUCUCUCAGAUUCGGGCAAGAUUCUGUUUGGGGCCCAUAUCAUGCCCAAGGCCACAGAUAUUGCCAUGGCGCAUGGCUUUAUCGGCUUUAUGGGUGACACGCCUGCGCACCCCAUGUCCAACGAUGCUGCUGCUGCGGCGCUAGAGAUCGAGAGCGUACCUGGCCCCACGCUGCCACCUGAGAAAUUGAGCGCGACAUGGCCAAAGGAGUGGCUCUCACGCUACGGCAAGGAGGAGCUCAUGAAAUCACAGACUGAAGCAGAUGUUUGGGCCGCAGAGGUCAGAGGAGCAAUGAAGCACACCUGGGACGGCUACAGGACCAAAGCCUGGGGUCAUGAUGAAGUUCAACCGAACUCUGGGAGACCCAAGGACUGGUGCCGGAUGGCGGUCACAAUGUUAGAUGCGCUGUCCACGCUGUGGGUGAUGGGUUUCCGCCAAGAGUUCGAGGAAGCUGCCCAAUGGCUCGAAGACAGCAACCUCCCAGGGCCCGGCAGUCAUGGCCAAAACAGCCUCUUCGAGAUCAACAUCCGAGCCUUUGCAGGCCUGCUAUCAGCAUACUCCCUCAGUGGCAAGCGCGUCUUCUUGGACACAGCCCGUCGGCUGGGAGAGAAAUUGCUGUCGGCUUUUACCUCGCCCAGCGGCCUUCCUUUACCCACAAUUGACAUUGGCACCGGCAAAGCAGCAAUGCACUCUUGGAAUGCCAACACUGUCUUAGCUGAGGCAACGACCCUCCAGGUGGAAUUCCGCUACAUGUCCAAGGUCACUGGUGAUAGCCGGUGGCAGGAGGCAGCAGACAAGGCCAUGGAUGUGGUCUUGAAAGCUGCUGGUCAACGAGGUCUCAUUCCGAUCUAUUUGAGCUCUCCCAACAAGCAAGCAGUGUCCUUCGUGGGGAGUAAGAUGUCCAUGGGAGCCAUGGGUGACUCCUAUUACGAGUACUUGCUGAAGCUUUGGAUUCAGGGAGGCAAGAGAGAUGUCCAGUUAAAGGAGGCAUGGAAGAGGGCCAUGAAGGAGAUGUUUGACCAAAUGGUUUCGAAGACUGCAGGAGGCUUGCAGUUUCUCGCUGAAUUGGAGGGCGGGCGCAAGCGCAACCGCAUGGACCAUUUGGCCUGCUUUGUUGCUGGCAUGCUGAUGCUUGGCAGCCGUUCUCUCCCGCCCGAAGAGGUAGAUGCGCGGUGGGAGCCCUUCGCUGCAGAUUUAACAUACACCUGUUAUCAGAUGUAUGUGCGAACGCCGACCGGUUUGUCGCCGGAAUACGUCAACUUUAAUCCUGGAUCUGGGAAGGGCUCGGAUAUGUCAAUCCCGGGGGAUGCGCCACAGAACCUGCUACGGCCUGAAGCCGCGGAGGCCGUUUGGUACAUGUGGUACUACACCGGGGACCACAAGUACCGGCAGUGGGGCCAUGACAUGUUCUUGCCCUUCCUGAAGUACAGCAAGGUAAAGUAUGGCUUCUCAGCCAUCAGCGAUGUCCGGAAGAGAACCGCACCAAAAAGGGAUUCCCAGGAGAGCUUUUGGUUGGGUGAGACGCUGAAGUACUUCUACCUGAUCUUUGCUCCGCGCAACACCGUGAACCUGGAGGAGUUCGUCCUCAACACGGAGGCUCAGCCGUUGAAGGUCUUUGAUUGA